ACAGGCACAACACAAACAAAAGGACGCACGGCCUCCCCCCGAUCCGCUACAUAUUCGCCUUUCCUUCCUCCAUCUCGGCCUCUCGCUCCUUGGUCCAAAAACCCAAACAAACACAAGAGACACACACACACACACACACACUCCAGGACUAGUGCGAUCGAUGGUUCUCAUCACGGCCAUGGAUCACCAGCAGCUGGCGGAGGAGGCGGCGGCGGCAGAGGGGAUGGUGGUGAGGACGAGCGCGGCGGCGGCGGCGGGGAGGCCGGCGGAGCGGCUGGCGUGCCCGCGGUGCGAGUCGACGGACACCAAGUUCUGCUACUACAACAACUACAACCUCCAGCAGCCGCGCCACUUCUGCAAGGGCUGCCGCCGCUACUGGACCGUCGGCGGCGCGCUCCGCAACGUCCCCGUCGGCGGCGCCACCCGCAGCAAGGCCGGCCUAGUCCCCGCCUCCCGCCGCAAGCGCUCCUCCAGCUCCAACUCCCACCAUGCCGCUCCAGCUCCGCCCAUGGCUUCUCUGCCCGUCCCCGUGCCCGCGCCGGUCCGCCCGCUCUCGGUCUCCGCGCCGCUGCCUCUGCCGCUGCUCCCGCCGGCGCCGGGGACGAUGCAGGCUUACGAGCUCUCCUUCAUCCCGGCCGGCCUGCAGCUGCAUGCGGCGUCCAUGGUCGACCCCGACCGCCGCCUGCUCGACCUCGGCGGCAGCUUCAGCUCGCUGCUCGCGCCGCCUCCCCCGCAGCCACCGCUCCACUUCGGCGGCUUCCUGCUGGGCGGCGGCGGCAGCGGCAGCGCGGGGCUGGCUCAUGCUCCUGCCGGGCUGCAGCAGCAGCCGGUGUCGCAGGCGCUGCCGGAGGGCUUCUGGGGCAUGGGCUGGCCGGACCUGUCCAUCUAGGACCAGCUCCAGCUCCCAUCCGGCGACGACGACUCAGCUCUAAUCUAGGAGUACUGCUUUUCCUUUAGGUCUUUAUUAGUUCAGUUGACGGUAGCUUGUUAGUCUUAGUAGUUACCACAUCCAUCAUGCAUCCAUGGUUAACUAUCCUUUGUUGGAGCUUACUUUCGAUUUUCAAAGCGGUUUAAUCAGCUAGCGAGCGAGUGUUUUGUUAGUUAGGUUCAGGGAGGGAGGGACUGUGAGAGUAGUGAUCUGUGGACGAUCCAUAUACUCGUGUUAAUCUGUGCCUCUGUCUUCCAUGCAUGAUCUGCUGAUGAUGCCAAAGCAUAGAACUUAUGGAUCGAUGCUAGCUGGUUUAUUAUCUGGAAUGGAAAUCUUGUUCCUUUUUUUCA